AUGUUUUGGAAGCGUGCUAAAAGUCGCCAGUUCUGCAGCGAAUGUUUCCUAGAACUAUAUCGGCUUCGACUCCUAGAUCCCUGGCUGGCAUCGAGCAACUUUACUGAUUAUCUGAUUGGGCAAUUUCAUUCUGUACAAGAAAACUGCUCCACAACAUUGCCGUAUACUACGUCUUCCUCCACCUUGUAUAUUGGUGCACAGACAACCGCAACUGCAACUGCAACCGCAACAACUACGGAUGCUGCCACAACAACCAAUACCGCCACAUCUACCGCAGUUUGUCUAGGACAAAUCGUGCAGCCAAUUACCAAUUGGCUAACAUGCGACGACCUUUCUGACACAUAUAACGUCUCUACGGGAGAUGCACGCACGGCGACAGGAGACUACGAUUGCUUCUUCGAUACUCCUGCCUGCCUGCCCUUGCCGUGCCAGAUAUAUGCUGCUUGGGGGUCACCGAGCUGUACAUCUCUCGCCGAGCUUGCCUCCAACUCCACCAACAACGUUUCCGACUCUCAAUUUUUGGCAUGGAACUCUAACAUUCAAGGCAGUUGCGGCGGAGUGGCCAACGACCAGCGCGUUUGUAUGGAAGCCCCUGGCGGCACAUGGACUACUCCAUCAGUUACAAUUACAGCUCCCACGGGCACUGCCCUCUACUAUACGACCGCAACACCAGCCUAUCCAACACAGAGCGGUACCACGGAGAGCUGUGGCAAGUAUUACCAGGUAGUUUCAGGUGACGACUGUGCUACUGUGAAUCUCAGAUUUGGACUUAAUGUCACACAGCUGCAGUCCCUGAACACCUACCUUGAUGACAACUGUUCCAAUCUCUGGCUCAAAUAUGAUGUCUGUGUGGCACCGGUCUCUGCGCCGACUGUCUCGUCUGAUGGGUCUUGUGGUGUGGGUGUCACUUGUGCUGAAAGUGGAUUUGGGAAGUAA